AUGAGCAAGCUCAGCACAGACGGCCUGAAGAAGGCCAUCGGAGAGAUCUUGGAGGGCUCGCGGGAAAAGAAGAGAAAGUUCGUGGAGACCGUCGAGCUUCAGAUCGGUUUGAAGGAUUACGACACCCAAAGAGACAAGCGUUUCAGCGGAAGCGUGAGGCUUCCUAACGUCCCCCGCCCCCGCAUGCGCGUGUGCGUGAUGGGAGAUGCUGUGCAUUGCGAGCAAGCAAAGGAGCUGGGACUGGAAUUCAUGGACGUGGAGGCUAUGAAGAAGUUGAACAAGAACAAGAAGCUUGUGAAGAAACUCGCACGGAAGUACGACGCUUUCCUGGCCUCGCAAGUGUUGAUUCCGCAGAUCCCCCGUCUCCUGGGUCCGGGUCUUAACAAGGCGGGCAAAUUCCCGACGCUUAUCACUCACAACGAUAAGCUCGAGGAUAAGAUUCAGGAAAUCAAGAGCUCAAUCAAAUUCCAACUCAAAAAGGUGCUGUGCAUGGGUGUCGCCGUCGGCAACGUCGACAUGACGGAGGAGCAACUCCGCGUGAACCUGACACUGGCCAUCAACUUCCUUGUCUCUCUCCUGAAGAAGAACUGGAACAACGUGAAAACCCUGCACAUCAAGAGCACCAUGGGCAAGCCUCAGCAGAUUUACGGCUAA